UUCAUCAGCAACAGCUGCCACAACAGCAGCAACAGCAUCAACAUCAGCAUCAGCAACAACAGCAGCAACAUCAGCUGCAACAGCAUCAAAUAACCGCACAAAUACAAACCAUGAAAGAUCAACCGCAACAACCGAUGGCGCCCAUGGCCUUCUACCCCACAUGGCAGGCUGAUCCCUCACAGGGUUGGCAAAAUCAAUUUAUCCAGCAAAUUCCACAGAACACACCACCCAUCACAUCGCUCAACUCUUUGGAUUUCCAAACGCAAUCGUAUGCCUACCCAUCAAAUGGUUAUGUGCAGACUGGGCUCGGAUUUGAUCCGAAUUACGGACGUUCUCCGUAUGGUGCGCCCGUACAGCGUUACGAUUUCCAGAGUCAACAACUCUCGACUGCACCCAUCAAUCAGGUGGGACUGCAGGGUGUUGGCUUCAGUCCGGCCGCCGUUACAUAUGCCGGUCAGGUGUCGACAGCGCCAGCACCGCCUUCGGUUGGUUUGCAACAGCAGCAGCAUUUGGGUGUGUCAUCUGGUGAUUUGAAUAAGACGAUGUCGGGAAACGACACGCCUGGAUAUCCGCGAGUGAGCAGCGUGCCGCCGCGCUCACUCAAUUGUAACGGGUAUUCAGGCGACUACAGCGGCUCAAGUCAACAACAGCAACAGACAACAACGAGCAACAACAGCUCAGCAGCUGCAGUAGCCGGCACCGCAAUUGCCGGCAACAAUGCGAACGCAACACCGCUAAAUGGUGGUCAAACUACAGCAGCAGCGACAACGGCUGCCAUUGAUGCAACACCGAUGCAACCGCCAGGCGUCCCCAAUGUGCCACAAUCGCCAACGCGUAGCCUGAUGCAACAACAACAACAACAGCAGCAGCAACAACAACAACAACCCCGCCAUGUUUCUCAGUCACCGAACCAUAUUGCACAAUCGCCCAACGGCAAUAUGCCGUCGGCACAACAGACCUACGGCACCAACAUUCCACCCUCGCCACAUCACAAUUCCAUGCAGCAACAACAACAACAGCAGCAGCAACAAGGGCAAAGCCACAUUGCAUCACCGCCACAAGCACAGCAACACCAGCAGCAACAGCAACAGCAGAUGCAACAAGACUGGAAUUGGAACAGUCAGUCACAACAGUCACCAGCGAUUGGCGCCGCCAGUGAUCCUUACCAGCAGGGUGAACGCGUUAAUCUGAAUACGCGUAUAAAAUCGAUGAUACUUCGGAAAAAUGAUCCCAAAGAUCCGCUCUCAAAUACCCCUACCGAUCUGCAUAUGUCCAGCAAUCCCGCAUCGCUCGGUGCCGGUUCCAAUGCGUUGGGCACAAACCAACAAGCGCAGACCGGUCAUUUUUUAUCGUAUAGCCACCAUCUCCGCGGCGAUUCAGUAAUGAACGCCAAUGGUACGACUGGUUCUAAUGUGUCUGCAACACAAGCUGCUCAACAACAGCAGCAGCAGCAACAACAACAGCAGCAAAUGCAAGGCAUACAAACGUCCAAUAGUUCGGGUUUGACACCCGGUCAUGGCACAUUAGCAGCCGAACCAAUAGGGGGUGGUGGCGAUCAAAUAUGGAAGCCACACCACACGAAUUCAUUUAAGAAACCGGUGGCAAGUAGUUUCCCCACAGCCGAACAUCAUCAUCAACAACAGCAUACAACAAUCAGUCACGGUGGACACACCACUAUUGCACACACUGAAGUCCAACCGAAAAAAUCCAGUCGUAAGAGUAAAAGUCGGGCAGCAGCAGCGGAAGCAGCUGAACUCGAUAAGAAUAGCAAUGAUCCUGGUGGCGGACUCCAUGGUCCACUACAUGGCUCACACAGUAUAAAAUCUUUGGAUAAGACUGGCUACCCACCCUCACAUGGCUAUCCGCCACCACAACAUCCUGACUACCACACGCCAUAUAUCAAGACCGAACCUGGUCUCUUGCCUGCCCAACAUACCAAAAUGGAGGGUUACGAGCGUAACUAUCAGAACUUCAUACAAUAUGCCGACUUUUGCCAGAAUGAGGUACAAGGCAUGCCAUCACAGCAGCAACACCACCAAAGUCAGCAGGAUUAUGCCAGUUAUCAUAACUCACCAUACUAUGGCGGCUCGAGCUCAUUCCAACAAAGUUAUCAGCAAAACUUUGUGCCCGGCUAUCAACAUUCGUCGGGUAGCAUGGGUUAUGGCAGUACGCACGGCAUGCAUCCGCAUCACUCCAGUUCGCUUGGCCAUUCCAGCCACAUAAAAGCGUCCAACGGUCCACUAAUGAAGUCCAGUAGUAGUUCAAGCUUACAUCAUCACAACAACCAUCAUCUGAUGGAUAUUGACCGCAAACCGGAUACCAAUAGCAUCAUACCAUUGCCCACAAACUAUGAAAAAGACAUACCAGCCCAUGCGUAUCCCAUACCACCACAUCGGUAUCCACUAGGGCCAACGCCAUCGCACUUGGGUCACACAAUGAUUGAGCCGAAAAUCGAAGACUUGGGUGUGCUAUCUCAUAACACCAGUUACCCGUUUAUGGGUGAAGGUGGACCAGCUGCUAUUAAAAAUAGUUCUGGUUUUUCGUGUUGCCGACAAGGCGGCACACGCACACCCACCGCGGAACAUCUCAAAGGCGGCACUUGUACGGGUAUACAAACUAAGGAUGAAAUUAUGGAUGAGCCAAUAGAAGAGCCUGAAGUAAAUAACGGCGCAAAACCUAAGAAAAAGGGCGCAAAGCAGGAAGAUAAUGAAAUUGUGGUUAAGCAUGAGAAAAUCAAUCCAAUGUUUGAUACCACAGAUAGAUUGGAAAAGGGCAACAAGACGGAGAUACCGGAGUGUGAGUGCUUUCAUUCCGACAAGAAUCCACCCGAACCGGGAACAUACUAUACGCAUCUCGGUACUGCAUCGACUUUAUCGGAACUGCGUAGAGAGUUCGAAGAACGUUGUCAAAUUUCUGGUAGGCAGUUGCGUAUAGAGAAGAUUAUUUACACGGGCAAGGAAGGUAAGACCACGCAAGGUUGUCCAUUGGCAAAAUGGGUUAUACGGCGCGCCGAUCCAGAGGAAAAAAUUUUGGUUGUUGUCAAGAAGCGACCAGGUCACAGGUGCGGCGCUGCUUUCAUCAUCGUGUGCAUGGUUGCUUGGGAUGGCAUGCCGCGUCUAGAAGCGGAUAAUGCUUAUAAAAAUCUAAUACCAAAGCUUAAUAAAUUCGGACUUCCAACAACGCGUCGCUGUGCCACCAAUGAAAGUCGCACCUGCGCAUGUCAAGGUCUUGAUCCUGAAACAUCGGCUGCCUCGUAUAGUUUUGGCUGCUCUUGGUCCAUGUACUAUAAUGGCUGUAAGUAUGCACGCUCGAAGACGGUGCGCAAAUUCCGACUGUCCGUUAAAAGUGAAGAGUCGGCCAUCGAAGACCACAUGAAUCUUUUGGCCACAGUGUUGGCACCACUCUUCAAACAAGUUUGCCCCCGUUCAUAUGACAAUCAAACCAAGUACGAGAAGGAGGCAACAGACUGUCGUCUGGGGCUGGAAACUGGACGACCCUUCUCUGGCGUUACAGCGUGUCUAGACUUUUGUGCGCAUGCACAUAGAGAUUUGCACAAUAUGCAGGACGGCUGUACAGUGCAAGUAGCGCUGCUGAAACCAUCAAAUCGUGAUGGACGUCCACCCGACGAUGAACAGUUGCAUGUGCUACCGUUAUACACCAUGGAUACGACGGACGAAUUCGAAAGCAUGGAGGGACAACGUGAGAAGCAUCGCACCGGCGCGGUACAAGUGUUGGACAAAUUUCCCUGUGAAGUACGUGUGCGCUCCACACCGCUCAUACCUUGCCGGCGACAUGGCAAAAAGCGAAAAGAGGACGAAACGCCCGCACCUGAUGCCGAAGCGGCAGCCACUACGGCCGCCACAACGCCGACAACACCAACGCCUACUGCCACGCCGCAACCGACGAACAAUGCCGCUAACGCCAACAACAAUAACGGAAACAAUGGCACUGCUAACGCGGCUAACAACAACACCAACACGACCACAAUCAACGGAAAGAAGGAAGGUGGCGGUAGCAAUGGUAAAUCAAAGUCGAAAUCAAAAGCGGGGGCCGCAGUCAAUACCGCAGCCACAACACCGUUAUCAGCACCGCCAUCCACACCGUCGCCGCGCUGUCAAACGCCAGUAACCAACAAUCCCAGUCCGGCUGGCAGUGCUUUCACGACACCGCCAGUGAACAAUAACAACAACCCACAUAUGAAUACCGCUGUGAACAACGCGGUCGGAGGUAACCCACCUAAUCAGCUCAUGUCGUCCAAUUCCAGUCUAAUGAAUAUGGCGACUAUGAUAGAUACCUUCACAGAUGCGCAAUUGCAAUCCAAUCAGAUCUCAAGCACGGUGCUCGAUUCGCCCUACUCGUACGACUACCAGACCGGUUCCUACAUAGACUCACGCAACUACUACGGCAAUUGGCCACCGCCGCAUGCCACGCACGCCACACACGCAGUUGGCAUGAGCGCAGCACCAGGCGCCACCGCAGCACCGAUGGCACCGCCGCAAGGCAACGUACAUCACACCACCACCGCCGCACCGCUAACACCACAUCACGACACGACCAAUGCAACAUAUGCUAGCAACUACAAUAAUCUACCAACGGCUGGUAGUCAACAGCUGACGCAAGUGCAUGACGUGCGCGGCGAUGUGAAGAGCCGCGGCAGUGAGGAGAACCCCGACUCAACCACCAUAGUGAAUAAUACUUUAGCUGAAAGUAAGUUGACCACACUCACUCCAUUGACACCAAUGACUAAUCUAACACAACACCAUCAACAUCCACACCAUCAUGCUACGCCCAUUGAAGAAGGCUUUGUCAAACCAAAACCACCGGCAGACUAUCAGUACACCCAGUACCCAAGCAACUAUCAAAUGUAUCCGCCGCCACAUUCGGCCUACUCCGCCUACGACGCGUACCAAAAUAUGAACUACAACUAUGGUUAUCAUCAGGCCUACUCACCGUACAGCAUGUAUCCGCAGCAAACACCGCCGCACACGCCACCACCACCAUCACCGAACUGGAAUAUGUACGGUCAUCAUCAGAGCACCGCCUCCACGGCUGCGUACGCAACCACAGUGCUACCGCCAAACGGUGGUACGCAUCAGCACGCUUCGUUAGCCACCGCCAUACCGCAGGCGCAAACGCAAAUGCCGCUCUCCAAUGGCAAUCUGAAGAAUGCGUUAUCCACACCAGUGGCACAGAUCACACCAACAGUUGACGCUCAACAGAUGCAGCAAGUGCAAACGCAAACGCCGGUGCAGACGCAAACGCAGCUGCCAAUGGUGCAAGCGCAGACUGUGCUGCCCGAUCUCAACAACGGCAAUGCGCAGCCGACGCCAUUAAACACGGAGCUUACGAACUCCAAUCCGACGCUGAUUGCAAAUGCUAAUGUAACGUCACCCAUUGCCAAUACCGCUGUGCCGACAACACCAAUUACUGCUAUCAACAAUGAUAACAGCAACAACAGCACUAGCAAUAGCAAUGACAACGGUAGUCCAACAGCAUUGAAUGGCGCUGCAACCGAUACGGGCGCAAGCACAUGCGGAACAAGUAGCAGUACCAACACAACAACAACGGCAACCACCACUACUGCCACAGCGGCGGUGGCAACCACCUCCAAUCCGAACAAGUUGGAACCGAUUGGCGAAGUAACGGAAAUCAAUGACAAUUACGAAGCAUUCGCCGAUCCACAAAUGGGUGGUGUGGCCAUUGCGCUCAAUCACGGCAGCGUACUGAUCGAGUGCGCCAAGCACGAGUUGCAUGCAACAACGGCAUUGCGCAAUCCCAAUCGACACGAGCCGACGCGCAUGACACUCAUAUUCUACCAACAUCGUAAUUUGAAUCGUGCGCGUCACGGUAUUGACGAGUGGGAGGAGAAGAUGCGUGUGAAGAAAAUCAAUACAGACCUCGAUAAUAAAGCCAAAGAAGAACGUGAAAAGUUGAAGAAAGAACGUGAGGGUGGCGAUGGCGAAGAAGACGAAGACGACGCUGAAGGCGCGCUCACAAAUGGCACUGCACAAGGGAGCAACAGCGGUACGGGCGGCGGUGGCAGCGCCAAGAAGGACGGUACGAACGCAACAAAUAACGGUAAUUGUGGUAGUGUGGCAACACCAAUGGAGACGACAACGCUGGCAAAUAACGCAGUAGCGGCACCGGCAACAGUGAAGAGCAGCGGGAAUGGCGGUUCGGCAAGCAAAAAGAAAAAGGAUUCGGGCAAAAAGCGGGAAAGCAUCACUCCACGCGCCAACACUAACAACCACCUCAUGGACGACCCUCUUUCCUAUGCACCCGUGUGUGGUUACGGGACCCUACCAGGAGGGCAACACUAGUCCAACAGCGGCAGCAAACGUGCAACAGCAGCAACAGGAAUUGCAACAGCAGCAGCAGCAGCAGCAACAACAGCAAUU